AUACAAUACACAAAUUGAAACACUGUUUGGUCAAAGAAUUUAAAACCAGGAUCUUCCCCUUCAAAGUUCAACGCAACAAAUUAGUAAAAAAGUUAGUACAAAAUCCAGAAUUCAGAAGCCAACAAACAACAGUCAAAUCCAGUUACCAAAAAGAUCCAAGAACACCAAUGGCCGUCCAUAAUUAACCAACCAAAAAAUCCAAACCAAAUUUUUAGUAUGCUGUAGUACUACUGUAUAUGUAUGUACCCCCAGCCACCAGUAUUUGUUCUGCCUAUAAAUAAAACCCAGAAAAUCAGACCAAAACACCAGACCAAAAAAACCAUUUGAAUUGUACAAUUUACCAAAUCCCUUUUUGUUUUUUUGGUCUAAUUGUCUUCCAAACUUGAAACAUGUGCCCACCACCAUCUUCCCCUGCAUGCGAAUUCUACGAAAACCAGACAGAUUUCAGCUCAAUUUCGAAAGUUGCAGUUGCCGCAGCAGAGGAUGCAUUGGACACAUCAGAUAUGCUGACGGCGCCGUUGGUCGCCGGAAAUCAGACAGUGCCGAAAUCCCAGAUUAGCAAAAAUGGUAAACAAUCUCAUUUCUCCCUUGUAGUAACGGAAGCAAGAUGCAUGGCCGGCAUUGCUAUUCCGAUGAUUUUAACCGGGCUUCUUUUGUAUUCCCGCUCUAUGAUUUCUAUGUUGUUCCUCGGCCGCCUCGGGGAGUUGUCGUUAGCCGGCGGCGCACUCGCUAUUGGCUUCGCCAACAUUACGGGCUAUUCCAUUCUAUCUGGCCUGGCUAUGGGGAUGGAACCCAUUUGCGGGCAAGCAUUUGGGGCAAAAAGAUACAAGCUUUUAGGCCUAACCUUACAGAGAACGAUUCUUUUGCUUCUGUGGACUUCAAUUCCAAUUGCAAUUAUCUGGUGCAACAUGGAGAAAAUCCUACUGUUUUGUGGUCAGGAUUCUGAAAUUGCUUCAACUGCUCAAUCCUACAUCUUGUAUUCAAUCCCUGAUUUGAUUGCCCUGUCAAUUCUGCACCCUUUACGAAUUUAUCUUCGAUCACAGUCCAUUACAUUGCCUCUGACAUUCUGUGCAGCUUUAUCCAUUAUAUUUCACAUUCCCAUCAAUUAUUACCUAGUUGUGGUCAAGAAUCUUGGUAUUAAAGGAGUUGCGAUUUCAGGGGUUUGGACUAAUUUCAACAUCGUGUUAACUCUGAUCGGUUAUGUUGCUUAUUCCGGGGUGGCUAAGAGGACUUGGUGCCGCAUUUCUUUGGAGUGCUUGAAAGGUUGGAAAAGCCUAAUGCAAUUAGCCAUUCCAAGCUGUGUUUCCGUCUGCUUGGAAUGGUGGUGGUAUGAGAUCAUGAUUCUGCUCAGCGGAUUCUUGUUGAAUCCCAAAGCCACUGUUGCUUCGAUGGGGAUAUUAAUUCAAACCACUGCUUUGAUCUACAUUUUCCCUUCAUCAUUGAGCUUCAGUGUAUCAACAAGGGUUGGGAAUGAACUCGGCGCGAAUAGCCCGAAAAAGGCGAAACUUGCGGCCAUAAUUGGCCUGUCUUCAAGCUUUGUGUUAGGAAUCUCUGCUUUGUUUUUCACAGUCAUGGUGAGGAACAUAUGGGCUGGAAUGUUCACCCAGGAUGUCAACAUUAUUGCAUUGACAUCAAUGGUUUUACCCAUAAUUGGAUUGUGUGAGCUUGGGAAUUGUCCUCAAACCACAGGAUGUGGAGUUUUAAGGGGUACAGCUAGGCCAAAAUUGGGAGCUAAUAUCAACUUGGGAUGCUUUUAUCUUGUAGGGAUGCCAGUUGCAAUUUGGUUGAGUUUUUUUUGGGGAUUUGACUUCAGUGGAUUAUGGCUUGGACUUCUUGCUGCUCAGGGAUCAUGUGCAUUGACAAUGUUGAUUAUUUUGGUGAAAACAGAUUGGGAAUUGCAAGCCCAGAGAGCCAGAGAAUUGACAGCAACCAUUAGUAGCAGCUUCAGCAUUGACCAGAUAGAAAAUGCAGGGGAAGAAGAAGAAUGUAGGAGUGAUGAUGAUUCUUUUGAUUCUUCGGUUUAUACCAAGAUUGACUCGAGCCCAGUUUGAAGAUUCUUUUGAUUAUUCAAUUUUUUUGAUUUUUCUCAGUUAGAAAGCAAAAGAAAAAGAAAAAACAAUGUAACAUGUACAGAACAGAACACAAAUAGAGAGAGAGAGAGAGAGAGAGAUAGAGUUAGACUUGUACAGGGAUUUGCUUUAGUCAAUCUCUGUGGGGGG